CUUGAACCGCCCUCAACGACCAGCAUGCCGUCCUACACGAUUGUCGGAACGCCGUUCUCUACCUUCACCCGGAGUAUCACUCUUGGUCUGCAGCACAAAGACAUCCCGUAUAAGCAAGUCGCUACCACACCGCAUUCCGAUGUCGCAUACAAGAACCAUCCCUUUGGGAUGCUGCCGACUCUGAUUAUUCACGGGAUUGGGAACAGCGAUAUCUACCUCUGCGAGAGCCAAGCAAUUGCGAGGUACAUUGACCGUGUGGCACCGUUGCCGUCUCUCGACUUGGAACCCGGCGAGGCAGGGAUCGCGGUGCCGGAGAAGAUGUGGGAGUUUGUCAGUUUGGCUGGGUCUCAGGGUUUCCCGGCCGUCGAGAUCAAGGUGGUCAAGCACCGCGUUCAAGCGAUUGACGACGGCAAGCCCAGCGAUGCCGAACUCAGGGAGCACAUCAAACACGGAGUAGCCAACCUUAAGCUCUUCCUUGCACGUAUGGAGGCGCUUAUGGCUCCCGAAGGCUAUGUCUACGGGUGGAAAGUGACCUGGGCGGAUUUCUUCCUCUUCCCUCUCCUGUCGGACCUGAAGGCGACCCCGGAAGGAGAGAUUUUGAGCCCGAGGAUGCUCAAGUGGCUCGCGAUUAUGGAGGAACUCAAGGCUGUGAAAGAUACGACUGCGGGCACGCUGUCUGUUGGUGGGAGGCCGUAGAUUCUUCAAUGAGAGAGCAUCCUGUAUAAAUUGUUUGGAGAUGAAUUGAAGAAUAAAAUGUGUUUUGU